CGGCGCCGGGCGGAGCGGCGCUCAGAGCAGCGCGCUGCAGCAGCGAGCGGAGCCGGCGGAGCGGCGGCACCGGGAGCGGCACCGGGACCCCCCCAGCCACUGGAUUACCGCACUUGGGCUUGAUUCAUUUUUCCUUUUUCCUUUGCUUCGGAUCCGUCUCCGGGCUCGGCCUCUGGGCGCCCGCCCUGUGGAUUACAAUUGCACCAUGACCCUGGAGGAGCUGGUGCCCUGCGACAGCAGCAAGAUGCAGGCGGUGAGCGAGGCGGUGGAGCGGGUGCUGGUGGCGGCGCAGCGGCAGGACCGGCUCACCGUGGGCGUCUACGAGUCCGCCAAGCUCAUGAACGUGGACCCCGACAGCGUGGUGCUGUGCUUGCUGGCCACGGACGAGGAGGACGAAGGCGACAUCGCCCUGCAGAUCCACUUCACCCUCAUCCAGGCCUUCUGCUGCGACAACGACAUCCACAUCCUGCGCGUGUCGGGCAUGCAGCGCCUGGCCGCCAUCCUGGGCGAGCCGCAGCCCGGCGCCGAGCCCCGCGACCUGCACUGCCUCUUGGUCACGAACCCGCACACGGACGCCUGGAAGAGCCAGGGCCUGGCCGAGGUGGCCAGCUACUGCGCCGAGAGCCGCGACAGGAACCAGUGGGUGCCCUGCGUGGCCCUGCAGGAGCGCUGAGCCCCGCGGCGACCGCCGGCUUUUUAACCUGGAGAAAACACAAAAAAGCAAAAAACAAACCGCGGAAGAGGGAAGGAGAAGCAACCAGAUUAAAAGUAACACAAACCACCCACCGAUUUUAUUUUUCUUUUUAACCGGAGAGGAGCAGGGAGCAGCCCGGCCGGUGGGCGCAGGACGGCGGCGAGCCGAGGAUGCACCGGCACCAGCGACACCAGCGGCCGGGAGCCCGGUGGGAUGAGGCCGGGCAGGAGAGGCGACGCGCCGAGGAGCGGUGCUUCCCGCGGAGGACGGGCCCCGGUGCGUGCCAACGCCGGCCACGGUGCAGCGCAGGGGAGCCCCGGGACUGGCGCGGCGGAGCGCGGGGAGGACGGACAGAAGGAAACGGUUUUGUUUUCUUUUUGGCACCUGGGACUCGAUGGAAGCGAGGACUGCAAAGGGACAGAUUUGCAAACGAACUUCUUUUUUUUCCCCAAGGGAUAAGUGACUUAUAUAUUCAUAGACUUGCAACAGCAGAAUCAUUCUUUGCACUCAAGCCAGCUGGAGACCCUGAUUAAAUCUAUUAUAGAGUCUAUUCUUGUACCAAUUUGAAAGAAAGAAAACUAUUUGCAAUAAAAUUUCUAAACUCA